AUGCCAUCAAUUGAUGCUCGUGAUGUUUCUGAGACUGCUACGGCGACCUCUGCCUCUGCCUCUGCCUCCUCCGUCUCCCCCGCCCGCCCCAGAAUCGCCGACCUCUCUGGCCUCUUGAAAGCCUUGGACGACAAGUCCAUCGGUGAUGUCUGGAGUAUAGUGUAUCUCUUGGCGUUCGUUUGGGUUUUGUCCACCUUUCUCAAUUGCUUGUUCAAGUUCUUCGAGAGCCGUCAUGCCUUACAGGCCAAGGAAAUGGACAAGGAGGCUAGAAUCGAAGUGGCCAAAGCGGAAAAUGACGCACGAAUUGUCAUUGCCACCUGUGAAGGAGACACCAGAAUACAGGAGGCAAAGUGGAAAGCCAUGGCCGCCGCCUCGCAGUCUGUGCAACGCACAAUGAACCUGCGUUAUCUUCAGAGCAGAGACACCGAUCUCAAGACUCUUUGGGAGAGGGACAAUGCGGGGAGAGCACUUGGAGUGGAAUCUGCUCGCUCAGAAGUCUCCGGCGUGGAGUUCAUUUUGGCCCCAAGUGGCUGGAGAAUGCCUCCCCCGCCAGCCCCUGCUGAUGACUCCGAGUGA